AUGAAUGCUGGAACGGCGCUUAAAAGCCCCACGGAUACCUCAACAUGCACGAUUGAUGCGUUAAAGUGUAACUUAUGUGAUGGUCUACUUUUUAAUCCGGUGGUUGUUAAAGUAAGCAUUUUUCGUUUUUUUUCGAAUUUUAGGAGGACUUGAAAUGGAGUUUGAUAUGUGCGGCCCUAGCGCGAGCCCUACUUUCAUCCUACCCUCACUCCUAUCCCUACCCGUACCUUCACGCCUACCUUUACCUAACCCUACUCUCCUACUGUAUUUUUUGUUUUUAUCUCCGUCUUACUGUAACUUAACUACACUUUGUAGCGUCUAGAAAUAUUUUUUAUAGACUUGUUCACAUCGAUUCUGUGAAUCGUGUAUGCAUCGUUAUCGACGGGCACACAAUCGAACGUGUCCAUCUUGUACGCGAUGGUUGGUGACUGCUGAUGGCGUGGAGAAUUUUGAAAAAGACGAACUUUUUCAACGGAUUGUUAAUUCUUUGGUAAGUACUGUUAGUGCACUACUGCAGUAGAGCUUAACAAUUAAAUUAUUGUAGGCUCUGAUUAUAGACAAGGUCAAGAAGUUUCUAUUUUCCACUAGCUAGUGUCUUGGUUAUAGCAUUAGAGCCGUAGUCCUAGUCAUAGUACUAGAGCUUCAGUUAUUGUACUUGAACUCUUGCCUUAGUCGUAGUACUAGAGCAUUAGCUUUAGUUAUAGUACUAAAGUCCUCCUCCUGGUCAUAGUACUAUAAUUCUAGCCCAAGUCAUUGUACUAGACCCUUAACUUUAAUCCCAUUACCACAGUCCUAGUGAUAGUACUAUAGCUCUAGUCUUAUUCAUGGUAAUAUAGCCUUAGUUACGGUACAGGAAUUUUAGAACUAUUUAUUGUACUACAGCCAUAGGCAUAGUAUUAGAGCCUUAGCCUUUUUCAUAGUACUAAGUUCUAGCCUUAGUCAUAGUACUAGAAGCUUAUCGUUAAUAAUAGUACUUGGCGGCUAGCCCUAUUCAUAGUAAUAGGUUUCUAGUCUUAGUUAUAGUACUAUAAUAGAACCCUAGCAUCAAAGCUAACCUAAUAUAAUGAGUUUUCCUAUAUAAACCGCUUCCAAUAUUAUACAGUUUUUUCAGACCGGUGCAAAACCCUUGUUAAAUGGUAUACAUAAAGAGAAGUGUAACGAUAUAUUAUCACCUAAACGUAAAAAGUCAUCUGAUAUUGAUAAUGAUGUACUAUUAGUCCUAUGGCCAGAUAUUUCUGUGAGGAGGUUACCUAAAAGUGCGAAUCGAGUACGAUACAUCAUGGUUAGUGGGGAUACGACAAGUAAGUUUAUAAAAUGGUGUUUUGGAGUUAAAAAUGGCAAAAACUUUCUUUAGAGGACAAAAAAUGGCAAGAACUUUCUUUACAAAACUGAAAAUGGCAAGAACUUUCUUUACAAAAAUGAAAAUGGCAAGAACUUUCUUUACAAAACUGAAAAUGGCAAGAACUUUCUUUACAAAGCUAAAAAUGGCAAAAACUUUCUUUAGAGGACAAAAAAUGGCAAGAACUUUCUUUACAAAGCUAAAAAUGGCAAAAACUUUCUUUAGAGGACAAAAAAUGGCAAGAACUUUCUUUACAAAACUGAAAAUGGCAAGAACUUUCUUUACAAAAAUGAAAAUGGCAAGAACUUUCUUUACAAAACUGAAAAUGGCAAGAACUUUCUUUACAAAGCUAAAAAUGGCAAGGACUUUCUUUACAAAACUGAAAAUGGCAAGAACUUUCUUUACAAAACACAAUAUGUGAUUUACCGUAUAACAUGUCACCCGCAGCCUGCAAAACUUUAGUUUUUAUGACAAAUCGGUAUCAAACAACGUCAUUUUCAGUAGCCCAUCUAUCAGAAUUCAUAAAAAUUCGAACGAAAAUGGAAUCCAAAGCCUCUUCACCACGCCUAAAUGACAUUCUAGUCCAGUUCACCCCCAUAAUAUUUGACCAACCCGACUAUUCACCUUGUCAACUCCCAUCUACAGCCAAGAUUUACCACGAAAACGAGCUGAGUAGUGUGGACGAUGACGAUGAAGACGAUAGUAUUCAUGAUCGAUUUCGAUUACCGAACCAAAUGAUUGCUAUUGAGUAUCCUUUUCGACCGCUUCCUAGUGAUAUGACAUUGGCCGAGGCGAAGGAGAUUUACUAUUUGAAUCGACGGAAAACGUUUAAGCUGAUGUUUAGGAUAAUAUCCAAUGAGGAAGUGACAUAG